AUGAAGAACAAGUUAGGGAAGGAGAAGAAGUUAAGGAUGGAGUACAAGAAGGAGAAGAAGUUAAGAAAGAAGAAGAAGAAGAAGAAGAAGAAGAAGAAGAAGAAGAAGUUUUGGAUGGAGAAGAAGUUAAGGGUAAAGAAGAAAGUAUGGAUGGGGAAGAAGUUUGGGAUGGGAAGAAGUUUGGGAGAAGAAGUUUGGGAUGAAGGAGAAGUUUGGAAUGGAGGAGAAGAGCUGAAGUAUGGAGAAGAAAUUAAGGAAGAAGAAGUUUAG